CGUUUUCAUCCGAGUUGGUUGCUGCUUUGACAGCGCAGUCGUGCGACGAGAAGUCUUCGCUGAUGGAAGGUGAACCAUCGAAGGACACAGUAGAAAUGAGAAAGCUUGUGCACUCGUUGUCGCCCAGCGUCAACAUUGACAUCCACGACCAACCCCAGCCGGAGCUGGAAACCGUCUCGUCCCGGUCGGACAGCGACGACGACUCGGACGAUGAUGAGUCCAACCUCAUCGACGACAACGAAGCAGACAUGGCCUUGAGCGAAGAAACAUAUCCCCCGACAUGUCUAGCGCAACAGUUGUGGUCACCAUUUCGCAGACUUGUCAUGUUCCCGGCAACCACGUUCAUCAUAUUUGCUAUUACAAACACACUCUUUGUCGGGACAUGGUCCUUCUUUGCUUGGGUUGCGUACCUCAUCACCAAACCUGGCUUGUUUGUGGUUGUGGUGGCGAGCGGCGUGGGCCUCGGUCGCUUCGUCGCCCUCUUGAUCGCGUACCCUGGGCACCUCCGCGUCGUGACUCGGGACUGCGAGCGCAACUUUGCCAAAAUGUGCCAGCGGUGGCUACUGUUAACCGCCGACACCACCGACGACCUCAUCAACUUGCUGCAAUCCCCGGAACCGUGGGACCAGGCGCGCGUGGCCGCUUUCGUGGCCAUCCGAGACGACUAUCGCUCCUGUGUCACCAACAUCAUGACCAUCCUGAGCCGGUCCCUCGAAAUCGUCGACGCGGAAGACACGUUAACACCCGACGGCCGCGCGGUGCUGUCUCGGGCUCGCCUAUACCUUCAAUAUGCCAACGACCUGGAGCCUGCCUUGUUGUUGGCCAUAUCCCGAGAAGCUGGCGCAGCAGCUCCGUCGUUCCACGCGGCCCCACUAGCGACGAUGUUGGUGGCAUUCAAGGCGUGCGUUCAGGACGUCCGAGAUGCUGUCGAACUCAUGGGUGAACCUUCCACGACUCCGACGCGAACAGGGCUAGCGCGACUCGUGAGCGAGCUAUGGCAGUCGCGGCGUCCAUUUGAGAUCGUGGCCAAUCUAAGCCUCAUGCGCGCCGACUUGGCCGCUCGAUACGUACGACGUCCUAUAUCGAUCCAUGACGUCAUCUUGAAAAUCCAGAACGGGCGGCAACUGUGGGUGGACGCCCCCGACGGCCACCGCAUCGACGCCAUGUUCCUCCCCGGGCAUGGCCACUCCAACGCGUCCUCCAACAACGGACGGACGGUGCUUCUGUGUAACCCCAACUGUGGUCUGUACGAAUUUCACCAUUUCCAAUCGGAUUGGAUUCCAUUUUACACCAACCACGGCAUCAACGUGUGCGUGUUCAACUACCGAGGCUACGGUCGAUGCCAAGGCUACCCAUCGCCCCAUGCAAACAACGUUGACGGCAUGGCCAUGGUUCGCCACUUACAAGUCGUGCAAGGGGUCACACGCUUGGCUGUGCAUGGAGAAUCCAUCGGAGGCAUGGUCGCGACGUACGUGGCCAAACAUGCAGCAGACAUUGAGCUGUUGGUAGCCGACCGCACGUUUGCGAAUUUGCCUGCCGUGGCCCAACGGUUGGUUGCGUCGUGGGCUGGCAAGGCACUGACAUGCGUCACUCGGUGGCAGACGGAUAACGUGGCCAAUUACUUGGACGCGCGGUGCCACAAAGUGAUUUGCUGCGACCCAUGCGACGAGAUUGUAUCGGACGCAUCGUCGUUAAAGGCGGGAAUUGCGCUGCGCCUGGAGCUGGGGGACAUGAAGUUGGACGCGCGAGGCCACACGUCAUGUCUUGCACCUCCAUGUCGAUCGUUGCAGGCUCGACACGACUCGACUGCGCUCGUGUCCAGUACCUGCCAAAUGACAGAUAUGUACCAUAUAUUCUGACCACGAGGUUGCCUAGGCAACCCGUUGAAUGAAUCCAGCGUCGAGGAGUUUGCCCUGGCGUUGGAACGCAUUGCGCAGCGUGCGCGGGAGGCCAUGUCGCCCUCCUCUCGAAGCGAUUCGGACGAGAAGCGCAUCGUAGAUGUUUGGAGCGCCGUGGCGUCAGUGGAUGGGCAUUGCGGCCAGAGCUUGUUUUAUGCCUCUGGUACGUACAUACAUGAUGUUCCUGCGCGUGAUGGUUCCCACGUGUCAUGGUGAUGGAGGACGUAGGCGGGGGACUCGAAACGAUCCGAACGUGGAUGGCGUCGCUGCUGGUGUGGGGGCCAUCGCGGGCCCAAAGCCAGGCGGACCACCCGGAGACGGCACCCGAACGGCGUCGGGAUGACUUUGUGACGCCGAUAUCACUGGACCAAGCCCAUGCCGUGCUGUGCAAAGUACGUCCGGAUUCUUUUCCAAUGCUAAUCGUUUGUCCUUAGAUAUUGGACGAUUGCCCGUCGUUCCACGAGGAUGCGGACGUGACGACCUUGGUGGCGAUGGUCGAGUACUUGCAAGAGUCGAUGGCGCUACGGCUGGCCCAGACCACUCCGUCGCACGACAUUGGGCGGUUGGUUCCUUUGAACUGUGGCCACAACGCCAACUUUAGCGAUCGAGAGAAGCAAGCGUUUGCGACACAUUUGAUCAGCUUCAACUGGCUGGAUGCUGACACGUUAACCAAGUAACCCAUCCAUCACGUGUGCCCGUUGGUGUCAUCGGUUCACGUCGACGGUAUACGGGACUUCCUGUAUUACAGAACUUGCCAACGGUGAUGACCCAUCACGUUGUAGCAGUUGUCUACUCCAAGCAGUUCGUUCAGAAAGGUCAAGAGCUGACGGCUUGCAUCCAUGAUCUGAUUGAAGAAACGUCCAGCGUCAAAUUUAUCCGGAAAUUCCAUUGAUGUCCGGUUACCUUGAUAAAGCAAUUAAACGCUCAAGUUAAACCAA